AUGUCAAUCAUAUCAUCGCGGAAUAGCUCGGGUGGUGUUCCUAUUGUGCGUGAGGCUAAUAUGUUAAAACCCGUUCAACAAGAGUCAAUUAACAUUGCACAACAAGCAAUUAAAAAAUAUGGUGGUUAUCAUGUUGGUCAACGGUCCAAUAUAGCCAAACAAAUUCAAUCGGAUAUGAAUCGAAAAUAUGGUCGCCAUUGGCAAUGUAUUGUUGGAAAUGAUUAUGGUUCAGCUAUUGCAUUUAAGAAACAAAAUCAUAUUGUUUUUCAAAUUGAUAGAGCAUUCAUUACAUUAUUUAAGGGAGUUUGUUAA